GAGAAGUUCUCUCACGCGUCCACCACCAAUUGAUGCCCAUUAGUCUACCCUUCCAUGUUUCCCGUAUCCCGUAUCCUGGCUUUUCCUCCCAGCAUCCGUCAAACGCUCCUUCAAACAACUCCCAAAUGCCUCCUUAUCCGCCAUCAUCGGACUCUCAUAACUCUCGCUAUCGAAACAUCUUGCGAUGACACGGCCGUAGCUGUCCUGGAGACAAGGACCUCAAGCAGAGCCAUUCAUGAAGGCGAACCGCGCGCCGUCCUCCACUUUCAUAAGAAAAUCACCUCCAACAGCUCAGCUUUCGGAGGAGUUCAUCCGCUCGUCGCCCUCGAAUCCCAUCAAGUAUCUCUGGCAGACCUCGUGAAUGAAGCGAUCCGGGAACUUCCAAUGAAUAACCCACCGUAUGUUAAUGGAGCAAUUAUAAACCACGACUUUGGCUCAGAGGGCGGGCCCAAAGCCCUUAGGGAUGGGAAAGAGUACCAGGAAAGUGAUCCAGAGCAUCCUUCAAGAGCCAAAAACAAAAGACACCCAGAUUUCAUCUCUGUUACCCGCGGUCCGGGAAUGCGUUCCAACCUUUGCACUGGCAUCGACACAGCCAAAGGUCUGGCAGUAGCAUGGCAAAUACCUCUGGUGGGAGUCCAUCACAUGCAAGCACAUGCUCUCACACCUCGACUUGUUGCUGCUUUACAGCCCGUGAAGUCAAGGCUUUCCUGGCAACAUGGCGAUACUGGCCCAAGGAUUCCCGAAUUCCCCUUUCUCUCGGUCCUAGUCUCUGGCGGUCAUACCCUACUUGUACUAUCUGAGUCACUUACGGAGCACAGAGUUCUUGCAUCAACAGCUGAUAUAGCCAUAGGCCAGUUCUUGGAUAAAGUUGCUCGUGUGGUGCUUCCAAAAGAAUACCUUGAACGGGCCGAGGGCACUAUGUAUGGUGCUUUGCUUGAGAAGUUUGCAUUUGCCGAUAUCUCCGAGGAUAAUGUUUCAGAACAAAAACUCAAAAUGGACCCAUCCGCCAACGUUGUGAAAGACCGUCUAUGGUGGGACGGGUAUGCAAAUUACAAGCCUCCAUAUAAAAUGGAACACACUACUGCGGGAGAUUACCUGUUGCGCAGAUUCUCAGAUACAAACGUCCAAGAAUAUCACUACGACGCCUCUAGUAAUCAGAAGAAGGGUGACUCCAAGCCAGUGACUGAGUGGGGUUGGAGGUUCAGUCCACCGCUUUCAAACUCGGCCGGAGGAGCAAAGCACAAUAGCUUAGAAUUCAGCUUCUCCGGGUUGACAACCGCCGUUCAGCGUGCUGUGAAGUUCUGUUUCGACAAGACAUCCGGGAAGAUCACCGACGUAGAAAGAGACGCGGACUUAAUCAGCCUUAUUGAGCGCAAGACCAUGGCUCGAGAAGCUAUGCGAGCUGCCUUUGAGCAUCUAGCUAGCCGUGUUGUUCUCGGAUUACACCAAAUAAAGCUGACAAACCCUGACCUAGCAAGUCAACUGAUGUCUUGUGUUGUCAGUGGAGGCGUAGCAUCAAACGGUUACUUGAGACAUAUUCUGGCGAGUAACCUUGCUGCUCACGGCUAUCAGAGCAUGAGCAUGUACUUCCCACCGCCAAGCCUUUGCACGGAUAACGCUGCUAUGAUAGCCUGGGCCGGAAUGGAGAUGUAUGAGGCCGGCUUUGAAGAUGGCUACUCUAUUCGCGCUAUUCGAAAGUGGCCUUUGGAGAAUUUAGUCAACGAGAUUCCCACCAGCGGCUAAGCUGCUCUUCUUUCCUAGUCUGCCAUACGCCUUGUCAUACCAAGGGUAGUGCGCA